AUGCAGGGCUUCAACAUGGGACGCUACGUCCCGCCAGACGUCGAGGGCACGACGUCAGCCAACCGCCUCCACAGCAAGCACGCCCUCGGCCGGCGCGCAUCCAAACUCGCCUCCCACGGCAUCCUCACGGUCCGCUUCGAGAUGCCCUUCCCCGUCUGGUGCGGCUCGUGCCCGAGGCCGACCGUCAUCGCCCAGGGCGUCCGCUUCAACGCGGAAAAGAAGAGGGUAGGCGCCUACUACACCUCGCCCAUAUGGAGCUUCCGCUUCCGCCACGCCGAGUGCGGCGGCACCAUCGAGAUGCGCACCGACCCCAAGAACACGGCCUACGUCGUCGCCGAGGGCGCCACGAGGCGGGACACGGGCGCCGGCGGCCCCGGCGAACAGCAAGGCCCGGCCGUCACGACGGACCAGGAGCGCGAGGCCCUGCGCAGCAGCGCCUUUGCGAGCCUGGAAAAGACCAUCGCCGACAGGCGGCGGCUCGAGGCGGCGGCCCACCGGAUCGACGGCCUGCUCGACGCCCAAGCACGGUCGUGGGACGACCCGUACGCGCAGAACCAGAGGCUGAGGCGGGCAUUCCGCGCCGGCCGCCGGCACAGGGAGCAGGAGGCCCGGCGCGCCGACGACCUCCGCGACAGGAUGAGCCUGGGCAUGGACCUGGUCCCCGCGACGGCGGGGGACGCCGAGACAGCCGCGGCGGUGCGCUUCGGCACGGGCCCCCCCGGCGCCGGCGGCCGAGCGGCCUCGUCGCCUCCGUCGUGGACAACACCCGCGCGGGCAUGGAUCCCUUCCUGA